UCAGCUGGUGGGAUUUAAAGUACUAGACCGACUUUGAGCUUACUGCUCUCUAUUUCCUAUCUCUAUUUAUGUGUUAACGUGUCUUUGAAUAGCUUCAACUUAUAUCAGAUCAAAAACUCAAAGAAGUCAGGUAUGCCAAGUCAUAGGUUGAGCUCAGUUAGUUGCCGAAAAUAUCUUAUUGCGACCGGAGGUUUAAGUAUUGUGCUGUCGCCUUGCCGAUCGAUGUCUUGAAUUUGUUCCGAAUAAAACCGUGUGAGGUGCUGUAUUUGAUUAUACAAAUAUUGUGUGCUGUUGGUAAUAUUUAAACAAAAGCGAUUUACCAAUGCGGGCUUACGAAAGAAGUAUUAAUUAGUAGAUACUACAAGUGAUUAAGUAUUAAAGAUUACCAUUAGUUUGUUUUGUUUUGUGUGAGUUUUACUUUCAAUUCAUUGAUUCGAAUUCGAAAUAGAAAUCAAAAAAGUUUCGCCAAAUUUGUUUUGAUUAAAAGUGAAGUGAAGAUUUCAAGUUCUCUUCUUUGCAUUAUUUGAAUAUUUAACUCAAACGCAUUCAACUGUAUCCAAGAACACGUGCAGACGUUAAAAUACUCAUUUUUUGUGGGGGAGUAGAGUACAUUAAAAUUGUACUACUUCAUUCAGAUUGUUGUUCAAAACCCUCUCAAUGGCCAACAUAUUAAUGAAAUGUACUUUCCCAGCGUAACAAAGAAGAGAAGACUAUUCAAAUAACAAAAUUCGCAAAACACAUAUGUAUUUGAGCUUCCUAUAUUCUUAUUUGCAUAGAGCUAUUUUAUUAUGCCAUAAAAAUAAUUAAGAGCAACGCAUUUGUUUUAAGGUGUAUACACGAUGCAUUUGCAUAUUAACCAAAAAAUCAUGUCGAGUAUUAAUUUAUCAUCUUUAACAAGUUUCUUGUUGGGGAAAGUUUUUGUGAUAUUAGUAUAUUUAUCAAGUGUUUUAUCAAAUCCACCACCAUCAUGUGGAUUAUAUGGAUCACCACCAUGUCAAUUUUUACCAGCACCACCUGGACAAACACCAUCCUGUGCAAGACCGGGAAAGACUUACUGUGAACAUGUGGACAACUAUCCAACAUAUCUUAUCAAGCAUCUUGUACAUAAAUGGGGCUAUGAAGCUAAAAGUAUUAUCGUCGACGAGACAUGGGACGAAUUCGAUUCGCUAAAACUGCCCAUAUCGGACGUUCACAAUUUCUAUGAUCCAGCGUUAAUUUUUAACACAAAUACCCCGACACAGCAUCCUUAUGGACCUAACAACAACAAUAACAACAAUAAUUUUAAUGGCUAUCAAUAUAAUGGCCCAAAUCAAAGUAAACCCACGAAUCCUGGGUAUCCAUCGUCGCCAUCAUUGACGGUGGGUCCGGCAGCCAAUAAUGGCUAUCCAGCAGCCAAUAAUAACUAUCCAGGAGCAAACAACGGAUAUCCACAAGCAAAUAAUGGUUAUCCUGAACCGAUUUAUAUACCAAAGCCUCAAAAUACAGAAACAGCUAAAUUUCUAAUUUACACUUCAUCAGGCCAACAACAAGCAAAUAACAAAAACAAAUACACAAAUGUCCUUCCACCUGAACAAAAUUUAAAAGUAACGAAUUAUUCACCAGUUGCUUGGCUCAAAAGAUAUGUUCGAGAUCUUGGCUGUCGAGCGAAAAAAGCUGUACAAGACUUAACUACAUCAAAGAAUGUGACUACUACUUCUCAUGUUUCAAAAAGGGAUGUGUCAAUGAAUUUAGAUCUUUAUGACAUGGUUGGUGUUAGCAAAGAAAAUCGCCGCCAUAGGGUGAAACGGCAAAGCGAAGGAAGAUCACAGCUCUGUCAGACUUCAAGUCAAUUUGUUAUGCCUCAAGCGGCUCUGAAUAGCAAAGGAAAUUGGAUGUUUGUCGUUAAUGAACAAAAUACUGCGAGGCAGCUGGUAAAAGCCGAACUGUGUCAAUCAACAGUUUGUACCAAUCUCUGUCAGCUGCCCAAUGGAUACACAUCAAGAUGUGAACAGAAAUAUGUCCAGAAACGACUUAUAGCUCUUCAAGGAAAUGGACAAAAUCUCUACACAGAUAGUUUUUGGUUUCCUAGCUGUUGCGUUUGCACUAUAGCAUCAAGUUAGAAAUUUAGAUACAAAAUUAGGGUGUCUUCAACAAAAAUUGGACUUUUCCCACUGGUCAAAUAUUGUUUGGUUGAUAGAAAGAAUAUAUUUUUGGUAUUUAGGUGUAUAGAGCUUCAAAUACGAUAAUUUUUAAGGCUUAGAAAAGUUGUUUUAAAAUUUUUAAUAUGCGAAAAAUUAAAUUUAUCCAAGGAUUUGAUUUUUUUUUUUUUAUUUUAAGACUUGAAAAACAUAAUAUUUUAAAAGUUACUGUGCAAAAAACUA